AAUUCAGCAUCGGCCUGGGCAGUGAUAGUGGUAAUGUUCACCUCCAAAUGGAGCUUUCCCACGGUUUUGAUGGCACGGACCUUUGUAGCAAACAAUGAAAAGAACCUUUCCUAUUCAUUCUGCUUCCUGUGAGCAAAUAUUCUAUUCCUCAUUGUCCAUAACAAAAUCCUUCCAAGUGCAGGGUAGCUAUAACACAAACUUAUCACCAGCAAUAUUUACCCUACCUCUAAUUCAUUAUCACCUAUUUUAUUCCAGUUCUGAACAGGAGCUGCUGUUUGUUCUCUUCUGUGCAGAACGAGAAACCAGCCUGAUGAAACUAUCACCUUUGAGCAAAGGCGUAGGGUAUAUGUCACAUGGAAUAUUUACUGUGGAGUUUAGCUCCGAAAACAUUGUUUAAAGUAUUGCUCCUUAUUUGCUGUUCCAAAUUGAAGUCAUAAAUGUAAUUAGCUACCAGCUUUCCUUGAGCAGACAUCCGCAUAUUAAAGUAAUGCAUUAGUUACUUGUAAUGAGGUGCAAUCACAAUUUUUGAGAACUCUGUGCUCUUUUGGAGUUGGUCCUGUGCUUGAUGCCAGUCCCUUCUCACCUUCUUCGUUACCCUUUCAGGGAGCAUUUACAGCAAAGCCAAGAGAGGCUCAAAAAUUGAUAUUUAGAGUGGGGGCAGCUUGUUAUUUUUUCCCUAAUGUUUCCAGAGAAAUGUGAGAUAAAGCAGACGAAUACACAUACAGUAUUUUUUCCUGCACUACUUGCACUUCCUCUUUCAAUGCUUUAUCAUUUUUCUUUUUAAUUUCAGUAUAUUAAUCUGAUGUGCGUGUACCAGCAUCUUCGUCAUAUCUGUGAAACAGUUCUUACACAGAUAUCUAAUCGCAGCAGAAUCUAGGAAGGUUUUCAUACUGUUCUGUAUGAAGUACGCUGUGGAAGAAGAUGUAACAACUUCCUAGAAUAAUGAAAGCAUUUGGGCUGCACUAUAGUACAUGAGGCAGAGAACCAAAGCUGCUCUGACUGCCAGUUCUCUUCCAUAUGAUGAGAACAGAGAAACUGAUGUCACAUAGCAGACAAAGGGGUCUGCCAAGGCAAAGGGUCUGCCAAGGCAGCUAUCCUGUCUCAAAUAGGGCCAGCCCUAAGCAGGAGCACAGGGUAUAACAAAAAUAGAACGAGCAUGUAUUGCACUACAAAAUAAUUUCUGGUGCUUAAUCCGCAAGUCCUACCUCUCUCUUUUCCCAGGGCUGCCUGCUAUCAGUGUAGAGCAAGUGAGCUCCUUCUGGUGAAGUGCUCAACACUGAGUCAAACCAGUGUCAAAGUAGUGCUGCCAAAGAGGUCGGGAUGUACUUUUGUGUCCUGAAACUGAAACAAGGGGGGAUCUAUAUGGCUGUUCUUCCAAACUGAGAACAAUCCAGUUGGAGGACUUGGAAGAAUUCUAGAGAUGCAAGGCCAAAUCCCAGUACAUAUAUGUGAGAAAAGCAGCACAGUGGUGGAGGGGAAAGAGGCAUUUUCCCAGUUCAGCAGUCUAGGGUGAUAUCAGUGGAGGAACAUCACCCUGCAGUGUAACCUGGUCUGAUCUAGAAGGGCAAGAAAUCCACAGAGAGGAUCAUUGCUGCUUUGUAUUGCAGUUCUGGAACUGGCAAUAAUCGUAAUGCCUUUUCUUCUGGCAGCAAGAGACUUGACAGCAUAGGUGUCAAAUGUGCUGGUGCCUUGUUUUAAUAACUACUGUUAGCACAGGAGUUCAGUGUCCUAGAGUAACAUGGACACUCUUACUUGUUUUUGGAAGCUCUUGAGCUUUUUCUCUCCCACAAGUCUGAUGUUAAUGUGUCUUAUAUUCAUGACAUACAUUACUGUGAGACUUCUGAAAGAUUGUUUGAAAAUGGGAAAGGGUUAGCUCAGAGGCAGCUCCUCUUAGAGAUACACUAUCAUGCACAUCAAAAGAGCACAGAUGAGAACAUACGAGAGACUGUAAAAGCCCUCAGUUGGGAGGAGUUAGAUAAACACUUACCAAUAAUCUGCCUACGUUAAACCUUUUCCAGAAUGCAUGAGUCUGAGAGAUAAAGGGAGCUAUAAAGGGUGAAGCAGCUAGCAGGGCACCAGACCAGCUGCCUGCAGCGCCUGAAAGGUCGUGGUCCAGGUUUGAAGAGGUGCUUUUAGAAGGAAUUGGUAUGGACCCUGAAGAGUACAGACGGAGAGGUGAGUGAUCCUCUGCUCUUGGGAAUGGGUAGCAUUUGCUUACAGAGAACAACUGUUGUAGGGCAGGGAGUGGUACCCCAAAUUUGUAUGGGCUAUAUAUUCUUCAGUUGCACACAUGUCCUUGAGACUUAGAUCUGCUGAGGCUGAGACAAAAAUGUGUCCCACAGUUGAGUAAACUGUGUCCCAGGGUUGAGUUUAAGGUAAUGGAUUUAGAGUCAGUGGAUGACUUCGGUUUUUUGGCCUUAUGUUUAAAAUACUGUGGAACAGCUACAAAGCUGUGAUUCUGAAUAAACUUGUGCUAAGGUGUUACUCACAGUAGCUCUUCCCUGGCUCACACCAUGAAACCGCAGUGAUGCUGGCACGGUUCUGGAGAUGGGGAGCAAACGGUCCUAGGGCAUGAGGAGAUUGCCUAAAAGGUGGAGAAAAGGCGUGGAGUUGUGCAGCUCUUUUCAGGGGAUGCAAAAGUGGGUAUCUUGUAAUGACAGGGAAGUAUGAGGCAUUACGAAAUCUUAGUUUCUGUGAAAUGCAUUUUCAGUUAGUUUGUAGGCGAGAAAAUCUUUCUAUUCUUUCAGUAAUCAAACAAACCAUACUUGUACCCUGGUUGUAUUUUAAAGGUACUUUUGAACUAUUCAAUGAGGGCACUGAAAUAACCCUGUGAAUCUGUUCUGUUCCCAUGAAGCCUUUUCUAGAAGCUGUGUCCCUACGUUAUUAGAUGGGACAAGCAGGGUGUAGGAGGAAGGUUAAUUCCUGUGGCUAUCCUGGGAGCAGGAUUCCAAGCCAUGUCUAAUGCUAAGAUUGCAUGAAGUGCUAGUACUACUAGUUAGUUUUCCCGUAAUUGAAACUCAAAACACUGGUUUGCCUCUUCCAGGGAAAGAAAUGGUGGAUUACAUUUGCCAAUACCUGAGCAAUGUGAGAGAGAGACGGGUGACUCCUGAUGUGCAGCCAGGUUACAUGAGAGCCCAGUUGCCGGAUUCUGCCCCAAUGGACCCAGACAGUUGGGACAACAUCUUUGGAGAUAUAGAGAAGAUUAUUAUGCCCGGGGUAGUCCAUUGGCAAAGUCCACACAUGCAUGCCUACUUUCCAGCUCUUACUUCCUGGCCUUCGCUCCUUGGAGAUAUGUUGGCUGAUGCAAUUAACUGCUUGGGAUUCACAUGGGCCUCCAGUCCAGCCUGUACAGAACUGGAAAUGAAUGUGAUGGAUUGGUUGGCUAAAAUGCUGGGCCUUCCGGAUAAAUUCCUGCAUCACCAUCCCGACAGUGUGGGUGGAGGAGUGUUACAGAGCACUGUGAGUGAAUCAACCUUGGUUGCACUGCUAGCAGCAAGGAAAAACAGAAUUCUGGAGAUGAAGCUUUCAGAGCCAGACACCGAUGAGUCCUCGCUCAAUUCUCGCCUCAUCGCUUAUGCGUCUGAUCAAGCACAUUCUUCUGUAGAAAAGGCUGGCUUGAUUUCUCUUGUGAAGAUGAAAUUUCUGCCUGUGGAUGAGAACUUUUCCCUCAGAGGUGACACUUUGAAGAAAGCCAUUGCAGAAGACAGAAAGAAAGGCCUGGUGCCAGUCUUUGUUUGUGCAACUUUGGGUACAACUGGUGUCUGUGCUUUUGACAAUCUCUCGGAACUGGGUCCAAUUUGUGAUGCUGAGGGACUCUGGCUUCAUAUUGAUGCUGCAUAUGCAGGAACAGCAUUUGUAUGUCCUGAAUUCCGAUUGUUCUUGAAUGGAAUCGAAUAUGCAGAUUCCUUUACUUUCAACCCUUCUAAAUGGAUGAUGGUUCAUUUUGACUGCACUGGAUUUUGGGUUAAGGAUAAAUACAAGUUACAUCAAACCUUCAGUGUUAACCCUGUCUACCUCAGACAUCCGAACUCAGGAGCUGCUGUUGAUUUCAUGCACUGGCAAAUUCCACUGAGUCGUCGAUUUCGUUCUUUGAAGCUGUGGUUUGUGAUUCGUUCAUUUGGGGUGAAAAAACUUCAAGAUCAUGUCCGACAUGGUACUGAAACAGCCAAAUUCUUUGAAUCCUUGGUUAAAAGUGAUCCACUCUUUGAAAUUCCUGCCAAAAGACAUCUUGGACUGGUUGUAUUUCGACUAAAGGGUCCCAACUGGCUGACAGAAAAACUCCUGAAAGAACUCAGCAGUUCUGGCAGGGUCUUCCUUAUUCCAGCAACCAUUCAUGACAAGUUCAUCAUUCGCUUUACUGUAACAUCUCAGUUCACAACCAGGGAAGAUAUUCUGCAAGACUGGAACAUCAUUCAACACACUGCAGCCCAGAUCAUUAGCCAGAAUUGUGGGUUGCACUGCAUCACUUCUGGUGAUGGGGCAAGAAUCCCUAAUAUGAUAGUUGAGCCUAGUUCAGAUGCCAUUAGUAGUGCUUCUCAGCUUUACCUAGAUGGAGGAAAAUACAAAACACCUUCCAGAAAAAUAGUAGUUCAGCCUAAAAAGCUAGCAGCGAGUCCCAGUACAUGUGUGAUUAGUCAACAAGUGAAAGGUCAAGAGGAUCCUCUAGAUGACUGUUUUCCAGAAGAUGUCCAAGAUGUUACCAAACAUAAGUUAACUUCUUUCCUAUUCAGUUAUUUAUCUGUUCAAGGCAAGAAAAAGACAGCACGUUCCCUUAGCUGCAACAGUGUGCCAGUGACUGGUGGUCUUGAGCAAUGUAACCCCAAAGCAGCAGCCACUGACAAGAAGGAGUCUCAUGCAAAUACCAGAAUUCUUUCCAGGCUGCCUGAAGAGGUGAUGAUGUUCAAAAAAAGUGCCUUCAAAAAACUAAUUAAGUUCUACAGCGUCCCAAGCUUUCCAGAGUGUAGCAUUCAUUGUGGCCUUCAGCUGCCUUGUUGUCCUCUGCAAGCCAUUGUUUAACAAGUGAAAGAGAUUGGUCCUUAAGAUCCCUCCAGGUAGAAAGGGAACCAAAGUUUGCUCAUUCAUAUGCAAUACUACAUGUUAUUUUAUUCAAUAUGUAAGCAGUGGCAAUGACCACUGAGAAAAUUCCUGUGCUUUUACUGGUGGAAACCUUGUGUAUUUAUAGAUUAAAAUGUCAAAUAAAUCUUGUAGGCAUAUAACAUGAAACUCUCUGGUUUGUAGACUGUGGUAAAGAAAAUGCCAAUUUCUGCCUUAUCAGUCCUGGUAAUGGUCAGUUUCUAGCUUGCAGGCUAGAACCAUUCUGACCAAAUAUGCUGGCUUCACUAGGGGGUAAACUAUUUAGUCCUAUAUUUACACUUUUCUUUUGAAAUGCCUUGACUUUAACUGCUGAGAGGCUCUGUGUGUGCAGACAAUGCCAGCAUCAGUUCUGAACUGUGCAAAAUGAAGGUGUAACCUCUCAAUAAGAUUUUGCUGUAUUAGGGCAAUUUUAAAACUCACUGAGUUUAAAAACAGAGCAGCCCUGCCAUUCCACCUCU